GUUUCGCACCUAAUGAGUUAUUUUCGCACACGCGCGCGCACUCGUAACCGUUUAUAUGGUAAAAAUUUCAAAAACCUCUCUCUUCUCAUCAUAAUCUCCGUCUUCAAAAACCCCCAAGUCCUCUCUCUUCGCUCAGUUCGCUCAACUCUCUCUCUCUCUAGAACUACAUCACCAGAGCACAAAAACAUGGUGAGGGAGAAAAGCGAGUUAUACGUUACGGUGCCGAGCUUAUUCAGAUGCCCGAUCUCGAUGGACGUCAUGAAGUCUCCGGUGAGCCUCUGCACUGGCGUCACCUACGAUCGCUCCAGCAUCCAAACAUGGCUCGACACUGGCCACAACACUUGUCCCGCCACCAUGCAGGUUCUCCCCUCCACCGACUUCGUCCCCAACCUCAACCUCCGCCGCCUCAUCCACCUCUGGCUCGACUCCCACUCCCUCCGCUCCCCUCCUCCUCCUCCUCCUCCUCCUCCUUCACUCUCAAAGCAACAACUUCUAGACUCAAUCAACAACAACAUCGAUAAUUCAACUUCUCUCUCUCGGAUCGCUGAUUUCGCCAAGUAUUCCGAUGAAAACCGAGCGUUUGUGGCUAGCAUUGAUGGCCUAAUCGCAACGAUAGUUGGAAUUCUGAGCAAUGUCAAUGGAAUUCAAGUCUUCGAAUCGGUUGUAACAGUUUUGUAUCUGAUUGUAUGUGAAAAUGGAGUCAGAGAACAACUGCGCAGACUGAUCUUCGAAAGCAAUCGAGAUUGUUUAUCUCCAUUCGUUUUGGUUCUUCAAAGCGGUAGUUUGAGUGCCAGAAUCGAAUCAGCUAGGGUUUUGGAAUCAAUCGCAUUCGAUUCCGAGUCUCAACGUGCAAUCGCCGAAAAGCAAGGGUUACUACACGAACUGUACCUUCUAGCCAGCUCGGAGACCGGUCCGAAUGCUGUUGAAGCCGGUUUCUCGUCCCUGAUAGCAGUAUCAACAACAUCGAGACAGGUCAAAAAGGAACUCGUCCGGUUCGGAAUCGUAACAACCGCAGGGAAAAUUCUCUCCGAUUCGAACACAGUUGCGUCGGUGAUCGAGAAAUCGCUGAAACUUCUAGAGAUUGUGUCGGCGUGCGCGGAGGGACGGGCGGCGAUAGGAGGAGACGAGAGUUGCGUGGCGGCAAUUGUGAAGAGGUUGAUGAAGAUGUCGAGUGCGGCGACGGAGCACGGUGUUGUGGUGCUCUGGAGCGUAUGCUAUAUGUCCCGAGAUCAGACGGCUCAGGAGGCGGCGAUGAGGAGCAAUGGUUUGACCAAGUUGCUGCUGGUGAUGCAGAGCGAUUGUACGGCGAAUGCGAAAACGAUGUGCAGUGAUUUGGUGAAGAUGUUCCGAGUCAACUCAAAGUCGUGUUUGGCGAGUUAUGAGACUAAGACCACUCAUAUCAUGCCUUAUUGACUCGGUAAACAAACUCAAUUCACAAUUUUGUUUGACAUACAGAUAGAGAUUAUUACUUCACAGGCUGUAAUUUUAGAAGGAAAUUUAAUUGAAAAGCAAGAGAAACUUUUUCAUUAUUGGUAUGAAAUUAUACGAAGAUUUGGUCAAACGGAGUUGGAUUUUCAUUUUCUUCUUGUAUUGUUUAGGUUAUACAAUCUUUAGAUUUAAGAUUGAGUAGGAAGUUUUGGUAUGAAAUUACAUGAAGAAAUGGUCAAAGGGAAUCAGAAUUUUAUUUUCUUUCUUGCUAUAUUUAUCCUUCCUUUGGUAGAGUUUGGAUCUUUUGCCGCCUUUCUCUGCGGUAGUUCUUGCGAUGUCCCAAAAUGACAAAAAGAGAAAAGAAAAAAAAGAAGCACAGAAUCAGAGAAGAGAAAGCGGGGAAGAACAUGGCCAUCUGUGUCUACCAUGACUUACCAAGAACACAAGCUCUGUCAUCGUCCAAAAUAGCCAUGGUCAUCAUCCAUGAAUUGAUAUAAACCCAAGAAACACAAAUAAUUGAUAUAAAUGGGUUCUAUAAACCUAAUCAACAUAGAUGGGAUUCACUAAAACUGAUAUGAACCCAAUAACAUUGAUAUAAUUUCAUCAUCAUCAUCAACAACAAUAACUAAAAAAAAAAAAGAGCAGAAAAAGAGAGAGACUCAGAUCUGGAGACUUAGAUUCUCCAGCCGAUUCCCCUGCUACCACUGGAGCUCACCGUUGUUCAUUUGCGCGAUCUCAGAUCUGGAGACAUGGUAGUGAGGUUGGACCCUUCAAUGAUCGUCGACUGGUUAUAGAGAGAGAGAGAGAGAGAAAAGCCGUGAGAGACAGAGACGAGCGUAAUUCUCAAUCGACAGUGACAAAAACAGAAGAGAAGAGUUUGACGAUUUGACGGUGAAUGAGUCGCCGAGGAGUUCACCGGCGAGAGAGAAAAAACUCUCUUCCUCUGUGCUUUCUUCGUUCUGCUUCUCCUUCUCCUUCUCCUCUCUCUCUUCCU